AUGUGGGUGAUCGGGCCAGGGAGAGCUAAUGGCAGGCAUGGGAGGCUAGAUACGAAAACUCUGCAGAGCUUAGGUCUGCGCCUGAACGCCUCCCUUGACGCCAGCUGUCCCAUCAACCCAUCUUUGAUACCGACAACUUUGACGGAUGAGAAUCACUCUAAGGCCCGGAGGCUCGGCUCACGCGAAGCAUCAGUAGUGGGUAAAUAUUCCACCUGGCCAUUUCCCAACCUAGCUCUCUCCCAUGCCGGGACUAUCGUAAAGCUUCACCUAGGAGAGCAUCAGAUGCAGACGGCCUUUGAAACCACAAUCGCCCACGAUAAUGGAGAGGAGAAAAUCCAGGAGCGUCAUGACGGCCUUGCGCUUCCAAUGUUUCCUAAAGGAGAAGCAUGCUUCAUUGUUUCGUUGAAUUAUUGCAUCCUUCAAAUUCUGACAGUUUCUCAAUCCGGCGUCAUCAAAGGACCACGAAGCAAGCCCAUUGUUCACGACGACAACCCUCUCAAAACAUCGACACUCUCACUGAAGCGCACCAAAUCCGCAUUUCUCGCUUUCCACUCUAGCCCUUUCCGCAGAAAUGGCCGGGGAUACUUCGCCAAGAUCCUCGGCGUGGAUCCUCUCAUCCUCAUUGAAUAUGACGAGAUGUAUGUCAGGAAGCUUGGGAUUUUGGCGCUCCUCGACAGAAUGGAGGAAAUCAUGCACAUACAUGACGAGUCUUAUUUGCGCUACGUGCGUCUCUCCGCACUCGCCUUCCUCACACCUCACCAAGCGAACUACUUCCUCUCCGUCGGCAUGCUGUGGCCAGCCACCGUCUUCCGGGGCAAUUGGAGCUUAUUUAUCAGUAUGGUUAGAUGUGCCGAACCACUGGAAUCUUUUUCGCGUGCUCGAGUCUCUUAUUCUACAAAGUUUGUCAUAAUAGCCGGUUCCGGCACUAUCAUCGCCGUUUACAUCGAAAUCUCGCCCCGCCUCCAUCCAGACGUGUACCUGCUCGCUCCUUGGUUUUCUAAGACCCACGUCGAUAUCGUUGCGGGUGUUGUGCUCUUCGUCGUUCUGACGUACCAGAGCGUAAACCAUCGAGUCUUUGUAUCGAUUAUGGUGAUUGUGGCCGGUUUAUAUGCGAUUGCUCUGCUCCCGAUCAAGGCGAAUUUCUGGGACGUUAAAACGAAACGAGCGUAUUUGCAGCAUGAUCAGCUUGUAAGUAUACAGCUCUCAAAGCUGUUUGUGUUUGCGGGUUUAGUACAACCUUGGGAACUUCUCUCUUGA